AUGUUGAUCUUCAUCCGGCGUGGUGGCUUCGUCGAUGCCGAGAAGGAGCUUUCGGAUCAAAUGCAACUCUUAGUCGAACGGGACGGCGACAAGCUGGCUCCUGUUGCCGAGAAAGCCUUGAACGAAGCCGAAGUCUCUCUGCUCCACCUGCAGCAGAACAUCGACAUCCCAGAAAUCAACUUGGUCGUCAACCAGCAUAUUCUCGCGGCCAUCCAAGCUCAGGGUCGGAAAGCGAAGGCUGAUGACCUUGGAAACAUGAUAGAGGACUCGCUCUUCUUGAACACUCUUCAGAGCGGUGUUGGGCGCUGGAUCAAGGAAAUCCAAAAGGUUACCAAACUUGAGCGUGAUCCUGCUUCCGGCUUCUCGCUGCAGGAAAUGAACUUCUGGCUAAACCUGGAGCCUGCCCUACAGAAAAUGCAAGAAAAGAGAGAAUGUGAAGAGAUCCAGUUGACUUUGGAAGUGUUGAAGGCUGGCAAACGUUUUCAUGCGACCGUCUCCUUCGAUUCCGAUACAGCUCUUCGUGAGGCUAUCGGCAACGUGUUUGGGCAUCUGAAGAAGCUACGUGUCACGAAAUAUCCAAUUGCCCGUGCCCUUCGCUUGAUUGAAGCCAUUUCGCGAGACGUCAAUGCCCAGAUGAGCAAAAUCCUCAGCAUCCGUCGCCUGAUGCACAUUUCUAUGAAAGAGUUCGAUCAACUGAUGAACGAUUGUUUCAAGGAGCAGCAUUCUGAUGCGCGCGAGACGGUCAAAAAGAAGCGGGAAGAAACGUUGAGGCUGACUUUCAAGCCGAAUCUCGUGCAUAAGAAGCUCGAGCAACGGCUGGCACAAAUCAAGGCUUUCCGCCGCCAGCACGAGCAAUUCCGUACCGUUAUCGAACGCGUCCUGCGAUGCCCGAAUGCCAUCGACGGAGUCGCACAGUUGAAUGCUGGCGCUGGGACGGUUACUGCUGCCCCUACGGCUGUCGAACAAAUUGACCGGGCUUACGAAUACGUCAAGGAGGUCGAUUGCUUGGACGUGACAGCCGAAGGGACUGUGGCUUAUGACGCUGCUCAGAUCAGAUACGAGCAAGAAGUUCAACGCGUCGAAACAGACAUCACCGCCUGGCUUCGAGGACAACUUGGCGCUGCCAAGAACGCAAAGGAGAUGUUCAGCAUUUUCUCGCGCUACAACGCGCUUUUCGUCCGGCCGAACAUCCGUGGAGCCAUUCGCGAGUACCAGACGCAGCUCAUCGACAAGGUCAAGGAAAAUAUUGCUGAGUUGCAAGAGAUUUUUGCGACCAAAUACAAUGAUAACUAUCGCCAUGAACAGCUGACGAAACGCCUCGACAUUCAGCCGCUGUCUUGUCGCAUAAUUUUCGUCAAGAACAUCGAGAAUAAGCUAAACGACUCAAUGAAGAGGGUCGAAGAUGUCCUUGGCAAGGGAUGGGAAGGCCAUGUUGACGGACAACAACUCAAGAAGGAAAGCGACAUGUUCCGUCAGCGUCUGAACAUUCAACCGAUGUACGAUGACUGGGUCAAAAGCACAAAGGAGAAGAAUCUAUCCGCUUCCGGGAAAUUGCUUACAAUUGACAAACGCAACCAAGACGGCAAACCGGUUCUCCAACUCAAGGUCAAUUUCCGCGACGACAUGAUUCAACUGCAUAAAGAAGUGCGCUAUCUGAAGACUCUUGGCCAGCGCAUACCACUUCAAAUCGUCAAUGCAGCACACCAAGCUGCUCAAAUGAAUCCGAAUCUGUCCGGACCUACUAUUGUCGAAAAGAAAUUGGCCGAUCGGAAGGAUAUCGAAACCUUGAUUGCCUCAUCCAAGAAGGAAGUGCAGAUGAUCAUUGCUGAAAGCCUGCAAUUGAACUGGGAUUCGUGCAAAUUGGAACAAUAUGUGACGCGCUUCAACACUGCGGUCAGCAAGUAUAGCGAAAAGUGCGAAGAGCUGUUCGACAUAAUCUCUCAAAUCGAUGGAGCUCUCGCUGCGCUUGAUUCUUGCCCCUACACGAUGGAGAAGAUAACUGAGCAACUUCGAAUUGUCCAGGAGAAUGUCGACGUUUUGGCGCUUGGAAGCUACUCGAACCUGCAGUGUUGGUCUGCUGAUCUGGAUAAAAACAUCGAACAAAAGCUCUCCCGGCGUCUCGAAGAAGCCAUGCGCAUUUGGGCCUUGGUCUACAACAAAUCUCCCCCCUCGAUCGAGCAAGUCCGAGCGAGGCUUUGCGAGCAACUUUUCGAGUGGCAAGCUGUCGUGACUGCGCAGAAACGUAUCUCGCGCACACGUUGCCAGCUCGCAAUGAACGCCGACAAUGUGGAAGCCACCUACAAAGAUAUCUUCGGCGCUUUGCUGAAGGGCCUAACCACUCUGGAAGCUGCGUAUAAGACUGUCGACGCAGUCAUGACGAAGGUGGAGGAGUAUGUGGGCGAAUGGAUGUGCUACCAAGCGCUCUGGGACUUGCAAGCUGAAGUGCUUUACGAUUCACUCGGUGAUGACCUAACCCGCUGGAUGCGAACUUUGGACGAAAUUCGCAAGAACCGACGCAUCUUUGAUACUACGGAUGCUCGCAAAGAUAUCUACCCCGUUGUCAUCGAUUACACCAAGGUUCAAGGAAAAGUUUCCUCCAAAUAUGACAACUGGCACAAAGAAGUCUUGCAAAAGUUUUCUGCUGCCCUCGGCCAGGAAAUGCAGACCUUCCAUGGACAGGUCUCCAAGUGGCGCUCGGAUCUGGAAGGGCAAAGCGUCGAUUCGGGAUCCACGACAGACGCUGAUCAACUCAUCACCUACGUGCAGGGCUUGAAGAAGCAAACGAAGAUUGGUCAGGAUCAGGUCGACAAGUUCCGGGCUGCUCAGCGACUGCUCAACCAGCAGCGCUUCCAGUUCCCCAACCAAUGGCUUUAUGCCGAGCAUGCUGAAGGAGAAUGGGAUGCUUUGCAAGAUCUGUUGCUCCGAAAAGAUUCUGCUAUUCAAAGCCAGGUCGCCAAUCUGCAAACGAAAAUCAAAGAAGAAGAUGAGCUUGUGGAAAAGCGCACCAUCGAGGCCCUUCAAGACUGGGAAAGAUCGAAACCCGUCGAAGGAGGCCAGCGUCCAGCCGUUGCACUUGAACAGUUGGCGGCGUUCGAGCAGAGGCUUUGCAAGUUGCGUGAUGAUCGGGACAAGAUGAAGAAGGCUCGGCUAGCCCUUGACCUCGCUGAGACCACAGGAGUUCCAACUGAGGCUGACAAGUUGUCGAUUGCGGUGGAAGAGUUGGGCGACCUGAAGGGCGUUUGGGAGGCGUUGAAACCAGUCUAUUCGGAGAUUGACGAAAUCAAGGAGAAGACAUGGCUCAGCGUCCAACCGCGAAAACUUCGGCAGAACUUGGACGAGUUGUCACAACGGUUGAAGGGAUUGCCCGUCAAAUACAAGACCUAUCAGAGCUACGAGAAGGCCAAGGAUAUGCUCCAAAGUUAUGGAAAGGUGAAUCUACUGAUUGCCGAGUUGAAAUCUGAGGCUCUGAAAGAGCGUCAUUGGCGUCAACUGAUGAAGGAGCUUCGUGUCACUUGGAAUCUGCAAGAUUUGACUCUUGGACAGGUUUGGGAUGCCGAUGUGCAACGUCACGAAGCUGCCAUCAAAAAUAUUUUGACCGUUGCUCAGGGAGAAAAUGCCUUGGAGGAGUUCUUGAAGCAGCUGCGUGAAUACUGGCUUGCCUACGAGGUCGAAUUGAUCAACUACCAAAACAAGACGCGCAUUAUCAAAGGAUGGGACGAUUUGUUCAACAAGCUGAAGGAACACCAGAACUCCUUGGCGGCCAUGAAACUUUCAGCCUACUACAAGCCAUUCGAGGAAGACGCCCUCUCCUGGGAGGACAAGCUCAACAAGAUCUCCUCAAUGUUCGACGUGUGGAUCGAUGUGCAGCGGCGUUGGGUCUACCUUGAUGGCCUGUUCAGCGGUAGCGCGGAGAUCGCUUCCUUGAUGCCAAAUGAGAGCUCCCGUUUCAGCAGCAUCUCUGCCGAAUUCCUGGGUCUGAUGAAGAAAGUGAUUGCUUCUCCGCGAAUCUUGGAUAUUGACAUGAUGCAAGGUGCACAGCGACUUCUGGAACGGCUCGCUGAGAUGUUGGCCAAGAUUCAGAAGGCGUUGGGUGAAUACCUGGAGCGAGAGCGCUCGUCAUUCCCCCGGUUCGACUUUGUCGGCGACGAAGAUCUUCUGGAGAUUAUGGGCAACAGCAAGGAUAUUUCUCGCCUGCAGAAACAUUUGAAAAAGAUGUUUGCUGGAGUAACAGCCGUCACGAUCACCGAGGAAGACAAACGAAUCACCGAGAUGCACAGUCGGGAGGGCGAAACUGUCGUUUUGUCAUCUCCAGUUGCGACUCAAGGCGUUCGUAUCAAUGAAUGGCUGCAUGCGGUUGAGAAGGAAAUGCGAACCACUUUGGCCAAGUUCCUGUCGAACGCCCUCAAGGAUUUUGCAAUGAUCGAUGUCGACACCGUCUCUCAUGCCAGCUACAUGGAAUUCCUCGACAAGUAUCCCUGCCAGCUCAUUGGUCUGGUGGCGGAAAUCUGGUGGAGCAACCAAAUGGAGAAUGCUCUGCAGCAGGAAAAAGAUGCCGCUGAAGUGGAAAAGGUUGUUUCGAAGACCCUCGCCCUGCUUGCCGACAACGUACUGAAGGAGCAACCGCCAAUUCGCCGUCGGAAAAUUGAGAUGCUCAUCACGGAGCUUGUCCACAAGAGGAAUACUUCAAGGAGGUUGCUACAGCGAGGCGUGACAUCCACCAAUGAUUUCGAAUGGGCUCAGGCGAUGCGAACAGCUUGGCGACCCCGGAAAAAUGCUGCAUUGUCCGAACGACUGGUUCGUACGCCCCUCACUGAUCGUUGCUUCUUGACGAUGACCCAGGCUCUGCAUUCAAGACUGGGAGGCUCGCCCUUCGGUCCGGCCGGUACCGGAAAGACUGAAUCAGUCAAGGCUCUUGGACAUCAACUUGGGCGCUUUGUCCUCGUGUUCAACUGCGACGAAACUUUCGAUUUUCAGGCAAUGGGCCGCAUCCUUGUCGGUCUCUGCCAACCGGAUCGACAGCUCAUUGCUCAAGUUAUGCUCUUCUCACAGGGCUUCAGGACAGCGGAAGUGUUGGCGAACAAGAUCGUCCCACUAUUCAUUCUUUGCAAGGAACAACUUUCUGCGCAAUGUCACUACGAUUUCGGACUGCGUGCUUUGAAAUACGUGCUCGUAUCGGCCGGAAACAUAAAACGUGAGAAGCUCAAUCAAGUCGGCGCCGCUGCCCUCGAAGAUGUGGCCGAACAACAGAUGCUGAUCCAAUCCGUCUGCGAGACCAUGGUGCCAAAGUUGGUGAAUGAAGACAUUGCCCUGCUUUUCUCCUUGCUCUCCGACGUAUUCCCAUCUAUCCAAUACGCACCAAACGAGAUGACCGAUCUCCGCGAGAAGCUCUCCGAAAUUUGCUCGGCUCAAAUGCUUUGCUAUUCAAAUCGGACCGGCGAGCUGGGAUCGGCCUGGGUGGAGAAGGUGCUGCAGCUCUACCAGAUCACAAACCUGAAUCACGGUCUCAUGCUUGUUGGUCCGUCCGGUACCGGCAAAACGACUGCUUGGAAAAUGUUGCUGAAGGCGCUGGACAAGCUGGAGGGAGGUGAAGGCGUUGCGCACGUUAUCGAUGCGAAGGCCAUGUCGAAAGAUUUCCUGUAUGGAUGGAUGGAUCAGAACACGCGUGAAUGGACCGACGGUCUUUUUACUUCCAUUGUCCGCAAGAUUAUCGACAACGUGCGCGGAGAGCUCGACAAACGACAGUGGAUCAUCUUUGAUGGCGACGUCGACCCGGAAUGGGUUGAAAAUCUAAACUCGGUCCUCGACGACAACAAGCUGCUCACCCUACCCAAUGGAGAACGACUCGCCAUUCCGUCAAAUGUUGCUGACCUCCAAUACGCGACCCUAGCAACGGUGUCACGUUGCGGAAUGGUCUGGUUCAGCGAAGAAGUUGUUAGCAGCGAAAUGUUGUUCUCCAACUAUCUGAAGACGUUGACCAAUAUCAGCCUGGAAACCGAGAGCGCCCCGGCUACUAUCGCGAUGACCCUGCAGCUUCAAAAGACCGCUGCCGAGUUCCUGCAGCAACAUUUCAGUGCGGACGGACUUGUGCCACUUUCUCUACGAUAUGCCCUGACCAACUGCGAGCACAUCAUGGUGGCGACAUCCCAGCGUUUGCUGUCCUCCUUCUUUGCCAUGAUGAACUACUCAAUUCGCGUGAUGGUGCAGGCCAAUGCCAUGAGAGAAGAUAUCCCAUUUUCGCACGAUCAAGUGGAAGCGUAUGUGGCCCGAUCUAUGCUGGCGAACAUUGUCUGGGCCUUCUCCGGUGAUGGGCGUCUAUCGAACCGUGAGGCCUUGAGCGAGCAUAUCCGCAAAUCCACAACGCUACCCUUGCCUCCGAAUGCCCAGGCGCCGAUCAUUGAUUACGAAGUCACGUUGACUGGUGAAUGGCGCCCUUGGAUCGCCAAGGUGCCGAAAAUGGAGAUCGAGACUCAUCGUGUCGCCGCCGCCGAUCUGGUUGUGCCCACGGUGGACACAGUUCGCCACGAAAUGCUUUUUUCGGCUUGGUUGAGCGAACACAAGCCAUUGGUGCUAUGCGGCCCGCCCGGAUCCGGUAAAACGAUGACACUUCUCGCUGCGCUUCGCUCUCAACCCGACAUGGGUGUUGUCAACGUCAAUUUCUCGUCGUCCACCACGCCGGAAUUGCUGAUGAGAACGUUUGAUCACUAUUGCGGAUACCGACGAACGCCCAACGGCGUCGUGCUCGCUCCUUCGCAGCUUGGCCGUUGGCUGGUGAUAUUCUGCGACGAAAUUGCCGUCACCCGACAAGCACGGAACGCAGCGAGUUAUCUCAACGGUUUCUACCGCACAUCCGACCACUCAUGGGUUUCCCUGGAGCGCAUUCAGUUCGUUGGCGCCUGCAAUCCACCAACCGACCCUGGCCGACACCCAAUGACGCUUCGGUUCCUUCGCCAUGUUCCUGUCGUCUACGUUGAUUACCCGGGCAAGCCAUCGCUUGAGCCGAUCUACGGCACCUUCAACUUCGCAAUGCUUCGCAUGGCUCCAGCUUGCCGCUCGAUUGCCGAUGCGCUCACCGCAGCUAUGGUCGAAGUCUAUCUGGCCAGUCAGAAACAAUUCACGCAAGAUCAACAGCCACACUACGUCUACUCGCCUCGUGAGCUGACGCGCUGGGUCCGCGGUAUCUGCGAAGCAAUCGCUCCGCUCGAUAAGGUCAAGCCAGAAGAUAUCGUUCGACUUUGGGCGCAUGAGGCUCUGCGAUUGUUCCAGGACCGCCUGGUGACCGAAGAGGAGCGCAACUGGACGGAUGACCUCAUCGACAGCACAGCCGAAAAGUACUUUGCCGGCGUCAAUGUCAAGACGGCCUUGAAGCGACCGAUCCUCUACUCUUGCUGGUUGAGCAAGCAAUAUCUCCCCGUGACUCAAGAAGCGUUGCGACAAUACGUGAAAGAGCGGCUGAAGGUAUUCUACGAGGAGGAACUCGACGUCAGGCUCGUGCUCUACUACAAGAUGCUCGACCAUGUCUUGCGAAUCGAUCGUAUCUACCGGCAACAACAAGGACAUCUUCUGCUGAUUGGUACCAGUGGUUCGGGCAAGACUACGCUGUCGCGUUUCGUUGCA